AGAAUCCUUUUGUGGCUUGUAGGCUCCUACAGAUCUGGAGCCUGCCACUGUCUCCAGACUUGCUUAGCUAGUACUACCUUCCCACACCCUCUGUGCCCCAUGCAUGUUGAGGGCUUGAAUGUAUCACUGUCUCUGCAUCUUCACAGGCUUUGCACAUGUGAUUCUAUCCACCUAGCUGACUCCUUGCGCAAUGGAUUCUUGCACACUCUCAGUAAAGCUUUUCUCAGUAAACCCUAUACUAGGUGGGGGUUUCCUGUCUCCCAGUCACUCCCCCCACCACACAAGCCUGUCAAUGCUCUGUGUGCACUUUUUCAAUCUGGAGAACCUGGAACCAUUCUGUUUGUUUGAUGUCUGUCUUGUCUGCUGGUUUCUUAGAUUUCAUAGGCAUGGACCACAUCAGAUUUACUCACUAAUUAUUCUUCAGUGUCCGGCAAAGUUCCUGGCAAACAGAAGGUGCAUACUGAAGGAAAAAGAAAUCUGGGAAGUAAUAGAUGGAGCAGGAAGAACACAACCAAGAAUGGUAAAGUGCCAGAUGCCAAGGGAGGGAGAGCAUGGAGUUUGCCAGUGAUCAACAAUCUCUCCACUGUGGUUUGAAUCCACGGGGUAUUGAUCACCCUGCCCGUGCUGAAGGUAUUAAACUCCAGAUUGAAGGUGAAGGUGUGGAAUCUCAAUCCAUUAAAAAUAAAAAUUUCCAGAAGGUACCUGACCAGAAAGGAACCCCCAGGCGACUGCAGGCAGAAGCUGAGACUGCUAAGUCAGCUACGGUGAAGCUGUCUAAACCAGUGGCUCUAUGGACCCAGCAGGAUGUCUGCAAGUGGUUGAAGAAACAUUGUCCGAAUCAGUAUCAGAUCUACAGUGAGUCAUUCAAACAGCAUGACAUAACUGGGCGAGCCCUGCUGAGACUUACUGACAAAAAGCUCGAGCGAAUGGGGAUUUCCCAGGAGAACCUCCGGCAGCACAUCUUACAACAGGUGCUCCAGCUGAAGGUGCGAGAAGAAGUCAGAAAUCUACAGUUACUCACACAAGAUUCCCUGGACGGCAACUCUAAUUGACCCAGCUUUGAUCCAGUCAGCAACAACCGAAGGCAGAGUUGAGAAAUAAGUCCCUUGCUGCCUGGAGACAUCUCCUGUCCCCCGUGAUCACUGUGAGAUGAUCAGACCAUUUCACGAAGUGUCGACUAUAAUUCAUGUGUAGUUGGUGCCUUCAUUGUACUUAAUAAAUUACAGAGAUACAAAUUUGCCAAAGUAAGCAUCUUUUUGCAUUAAUAUUUAGAAGAAAAAGAACCAUAUAGCUCAUAAGGAUGUAGCCAAGGAAAAAUUAAAUAUUGGAGACUCAUGUCCCAUGUGGUGAGAAAGAGUAGAUUUUGCAUUCUUGACUUAAGAGAUUGUCAUAGAGACAUUUCAGGAAGAGGCUUGGAUGUGAUCAAAAGAACUGAAGUAAAAUAUCAGUAUGAAUGACACUGAGAAAAGUAAAAUGGAAAAGGACUAGCUCAUAAGAGGUAGACAGGUUUCCCAUUGUGAAUAUGGCUGUUUGGGUACAGCAUUUAUUAAGAAUCUACUGUAUUAUGAUCUAUACACCAAACCACACAUAUUUUAUGAAGCUCGCAUCCUAGACAUGAGAAUAUCUGUUUUGAAGCAAUCAAAAUACGGUUAGCCUUUUUAUGUGGGCCUUAUUGCAUUGUAUCCCCAAAUAAAGACAUGUAAGGUAGUCAUUCGCUUCAUAGACAUUUGUCUAACACGACUAAGCCUCAAGCAAAUCCUAGGCACUGUGGUUAUCAAACCUACCUUUAAAUGAGUAUUAGUAUUAAUUAAAAUCUGUGGCUGGCACUUAGUUAAGCACUUCACAUUCUUUUAACUCAUUAUUCUCACAAUAUACACCAGGAAGUAGGUUCUUCUGUAAUUUCCAUUUUAUAGGGAGGAAACAAGGCACCAAGACACAGGAAUCACAGGGGCUGGAGCUUGACCUCAGAUCUAUCUGACUAUAAAACCCUUGGUUUUAUUGUUUUAAUUAACAUUGCUGUCAAGUUAGGGUUGACAUACACUAUAAAUGGUUAAGCCAUGACAAACCGCAGCAUGAGGAGGUAAAUGCUGUGAUUGAAGCAGCUAGAAAAGGAAGUUCUGCCACUCCCUACUAUGGGACCUAGGGAAAGUUCCUUUCUUUUCUUAGCCUCACUAACCAGUAAAAUAAAAGGAGUAAAGGACUGAUCUUACAGGUGAUUGUAUGGAGGAAGAGAGCGGAUAAUAGGUGAAGGGCUCCCACAAUGGUAGCUUUUGUUUUUGAGCCAGAGUCUCACUCUGUUGCUCAGGUUGGUAACAGCUCACUGCAGCCUUGACCUCCUGGGCUCAAACAAUCCUCCUCCUGUGGCCCCUUGAGAAGCUGGGACUACAGGCAAGCACCACUACGCCUGGCUAGCUUUUCAGUUUAUUGUAGAGAUGAGAUCUCACUAUGUUACCCAAGCUGGCCUGAAACUCCUGGGCUCAAGAGAUCCUCCCAGCUUGGCUUCCCAUGGUGCUGGGAUUACAGGUGUGAGGCACAGUGCCCAGCAGGUGGCUCUUGUUAUAAUCCACAAAGUGCUCUGUACUGUGAAAAUAGGUACUACCUGAAGGAGUCAGACAGAACUCAGGUAGGAAACAAGCUUUGCUGCACCUGAUAUUGCUAGGUAAAGAGACAAAGGUUGGACGUUCAAUGUAGAAGGGUCUGGAAAUGAAGGUUCUUCAUUUAUUCAGUGCACUUUUAUUGAGCAUAUACUAUGUGCCAAGUACUAAGCUUAGUGUGUUAGUUAGGGGUAGAUAAGCACAGCAUCAUGGAAGCCUGUGGAAUGUUCUAGAUCCCAACUUUAAACAAUAGAAUAACGUGAGGAAGGCAGCGAACAGGAAAUACCUUUGGGAGCAAUUAUGGACAUGACAAACCUAAGAUUGUCUCAAGGAGAACCAGUUUCUUCAGCAAGCCCUUUCAAAGUUCUGUAUUCAGCAUUCAGCAACUGUUUCAUCACACCUUGUACACUGAGGGGUCCCCCUCCAUACAUUUACACCCACCUGUGUCUACAUACUACAAAAUAAAUCACUGUCCUUCAUUUGCCAGGAUGGCAUGGCUGACUUUUCAUAUAUCUCGAUGAAGGAUUAUUCAGUUAUACAGAGCAUUCUUCAACUGGAGAUAGCCUGAGAAGGGUAAAAAAAAGUGUUAAGGCAUAUUAAAAAUUGGCUUAUUCUAGUGGCAGUUUGUCACUUUUCAAUUUGGCAUCUUUCCCUGUUCUUUUUUCUACCAUGAAGAUGUGUAUGACUCUUGAUUCAGAGGGGAUUUUCUUAUGAGGUACCUUUCUCCAAGCCUAUGGAUAAAAUUGCCAGGUUUAAUUCAAGGCUGUUUAGAGUCUUGCUCUAUUUACAGUCAAAAGCAGAUCACUUCUGUUCUUGGCCUCGGUCCUAGACUCCCAGGAAAUUAAUGGUGCCUCUUGGCCUGUGACAGUCUGCAUUUACUCCCUGGAACUGGCUUCUGGCUUUGACUGGCCUUGGGUGUCAGGGCUUUCUUGGCCCAACUCUACCUGGGGCUGAUCUGGUUCCCUCAGGCCACUCUCAUCUGACCAGCUCAUCUAUAGUCUCUGAAGCCAUAAGAUUGUUGUCUGUGCCUUCCUGUGAUUCAUAGCAUGGAGCAAAGGAUCAAAACUGCUUGAGCUGGAAAGAACUUCAUUUGCUUUUUUUAAAAAGUAAUAAGCAAUCAAGCACUGUGACUCACACCUAUAACCCCAGCACUUUGGGAGGCUGAGACAGGUAGAUCACUUGAGGCCAGGAGUUCGAGACAAGUCUGGGUGACAAAACCCUGUCUCUACCAAAAAUUAGCUGGGUAUGGUAGCACAUGCCUGUAGUACCAGCUACUCAGGAGGCUGAGGUGGGAGGAUCACUUGAGACUGGGAGGCAGAGGCUGCAGUGAGCUGAAAUGGCACCAUUGCACUCCAUUCUAGGCCAUAGAGCGAGACCCUGCCUCAAAAAAAAAGCACAUUUUGUAGCAGUGUUAGUGUGUACUAAGCACUGUUCUCAUUUUACAGGUAAGGAAGCUGAGACACACUAAGGUUAAGGAGUUUUCCCUACAACUGAUCACUGGCACAGCUGGGAAACUAGCCCGAGCAGUCAGAUUCAGUGCAUGCACUCUUAAUCCCUGACUGUGUGGCUUUGCCAGGCUUAGAGGUAACCUAGUUCAACCUCUGAUUAAAUGAGUUAUUAUAUUUAAAAAAAGCUCUUAACACACAGUAAGAGCUAUGUAAGAGCUUAUUAUUACUAGUGUGUUUAAUGAUGGUGAAAACUGAGGCCAGACAAGUGAUGGAGCUUUAUCCAUUUAGUCCAGGAUCUCCCAAACUUUAUUCUGUAGAACAUUUGUAUCAACAGGAUGUUAUAAGUGUUCUUUUUAAAACAUAUAUUAUUAUGGUCAAAUAGUUUGGAAAAUAUACGUUUAAAAAACAGCCUUUGUAAUGUAGUACUUCUCAAACCCUUUAAUAUGCUAAUAUGCGUUAUUAAUCUUCAAAAGGUAGCCAUUUUUUGAAGACUUUUCCCACUUUUCCCCACAUUUUCCACAUAUUUGAGAUCAUUGUGGAGAAAGCAGUUAACAUAGAAGGGCUUAGAUUGUUUUCCUUAGAAAGUCCUGAUCGCAAGGUUGGCCCCCGCUGUUGUCUAGAAACUCGGGUUUCGGUAGGGUUCCCACAGCUCUCUGACCAGAAUGCUGCACUGUGCCUGAACUGUUUGUAUAAACAGCAUCAUUUAUGCUGAACUCUUGCUUUCCUGCUGGGAGCCUAGAAUUUUGAUACAUGCUAGGAAGGAUCCACAGUAAAAACCUUGGGCACUGACACUGGGCCCAGGGCCUCAUGCCUGUAAUUCCAAUGCUUUGGUAGGCCAAGGCAGAAGGAUCACUUGAGCCCAGGAGUUCAAGACCAGCCUGAGCUACACAGCAAAACACUAUCUCUACAAAAUGAUUUUAGAAAAUUAACCAGGCAUGGUAUUGUGUGCCUGUAGUCCCAGCUAUUCAAGGAGGGCCAUGGGGUUAAAGGGGUACAAAGGCAUGAGAUUCCCAUGUGCUGGGAGUUUGGGGCUACAAUGAGGAAUAAUUGUACCACUAUACUCCAGCCUGGGCAACAGAGCAAGUCCCUGUCUUUGCCAACAACAUCAACAGCAGCCACCUUUGCCACUGAGUCUCUGAUGAGCUGGCCUGGUAAACAUUUCACAUGUGUUGUCACGACUCCUUGUUGGAGGAAGUCAACACAUCCUGUGUGACUCUACUAAGGAAGGACUCUUGUUUGCUCACACAUGGUUUUCUCUGGACCCUGUCCCAGGUGCCUUUUCCUUGUGUUGAUUUUGCUUUGUAUCCUUUUCUGUAGUAAAUCUUAGCCAUCAGUACAACUGUGUGCUGAGUCCUGUGAGUUCUCCCAACAGAACCUGGGCUGCUCUUAGAGACCCCCAUCACAUCCAGAAAAUUAUUUCCUUCUCAGUGCCUUUUAACAUCUCAUGGGUCAUCAGGUUCAGGAUGCAAUGUAAGCCCUGAAAAACUGUUCAAUCCCAUAAGUUAGAGGCAGAGAUUAGCUCACAUAAUUAUUCUGGGCUUUCGGUGAAAAACGUUAGGGUUCUGAAGGCUCAUGUGGAGUAGCGCCUUCUUCCUGCCUGGGACACGUAGAUUGAAUAUAUAUUGAGAGAGCAAAACUAACUGGUACAAUUCUGUCAUCUUUCUGGGAAAGAUAAGCAUGGAAACAGCCUCAAGACAUAACCAUCCUUUAUGGUCUUCCAUUUUUAGACUUAGCUCUUUAGCCCAUAUUAAAAUUAUUUGUAUAAAUGUAUAUUAGCAUGUAUAUAAAACUAUAAUAAAAUUAUAUCCAGUUUUCUAAAGUUUGUUUACUACAUCUAAUCAGAAAACCCUACUAAAGGGAUUGUAUGGCUUUUGGGGUCUCAUGCCUGAGCCUGGGACAUCCCUCAAUAAUGAUGAUUUCCCUGAGUUUAUUUUAUAGAAUAAAUAGAUGCAUCAAGGGUCUCUGGAGAGCAGGUAGGCUGCUGCAGUGCAGGAAAAGCCGAAUGGAGACGGUGGUUGUCCCUAGCAUCCGUUCUCCCAGCACCUUUCCUGAUCCUCCGCCCCCUCCUCCUCCUCCUCCUCCUCCUCCUCCUCCUCCUCCUCCUCCUCAGCUGACUUGUCUUCCUUUUAUGUAUUUUCCAGAUACCAAAAGUUAUAUUUGCAUAUCCUCUACCAUGGGUGGAGAAAUGUGUCUCCUGCAAUCUAGCUGGCUCCUGUCUACUCCCCUACUUUUUAAGCCUAGGCCAACCUACCCUGUCCUUUGACCUUAUUUUCACGGCUCUUGACCUGUUUCCAGUUAAUACAGUCUUACUCCAACAAGCCACCAGGGACUAGUGGUUUAAAUGGCUCCUUGCACCACCGGCUAGUUGAACAGAUAAUUCUCUAAGCAGUUUGUCUUCCUCACUGUCUCAACACCCUACACUUAUGCUUCAUCAUGCCUUCAUUUAUGUGUUUCUUCUAUGUCUUUGUCCUUUUGGACCGCUCCAAAUCUCAGCUCAGAUUCUACUCUGUCCUCUGUGAAGUUGGCCCUCCUCAUUGUACCAUACCAACCUUUUUGAAUCUGUGAAUUCUCACCAGUAUCUCUGUCUAUACCGUACACCUUGGCAUAUAUCACUUUAUUUGCUUCUAAAGUCAUGCAUCACUUAAUGACAGAAACAUGUUCUGGGAUAUGCAUCAUUAGAUAAUUUCAUCGUGUGAGCAUCACAGUAUAUGCUUACAGAAACGUAGGCGGUAUAGCCCAUUACAAACCUAGGAUAUGUGGUAUAAUCUGUUGCUCCAGGCCACAAACCUGUACAGCCUGUACUGAAUACUGUAGGCAAUUUUAACACAAUAGUGAAUAUUCAUAUAUCAAAACAUGUUGAAACCUAGAAAAGGUACAGUAUAGACACAGGAUAAAAAAGUAAAAAUGGUACCCUCAUAUUCAUUUACUAUGAAUGAAAACUGCAAGAGUGCAGGUUGCUCUGGAUAAGUCAGUGAGUGAGUGGUGAGUGAUUGUGAAGACCUAAGACAUUGAACGCUACUGUAGAGUUUACAAACACUGUACACUUAGGCUACACUAAAUUUAUAAACAUAAUAAUUAUACUGUAAUGUUACAAUGGCUAUGAUGUUACCAGGUGAUAGGAAUAUUUCAGCUCCAUUAUAAUCUUAUGGGACCUCCAUUGUAUAUGUGAUUCAGUUUUUACUGAAAUGUCAUUAUGUGGCUGACCAUACAUCCAAGACACAAUGAUUGAGCUCCUGCUGAGAGUCAUUCAUUACACUAAAAAAUGGAGAUACCAAAGAGAAUAAAGCAAGUCCCUGCCCUCAAGGAGUUUACUGUCUAAUUGAGCUAUGACAUGCUGUGUUAUACUGUCCUUUAUCACAUACCAGCGCUAUUAUCCUGCAUGAGAGCUGGGGACUCUUCUGUGUUGUUUCCAUUUCCAGAGUGAUGAAUGAUCUAUAGGAAACAAUGGUUACGAGCUCAGGAACAAAUCCAGUUCAUAUCCCACUUCUGCAUUUUACUAGCCAAAUUAGCCUCUCUUUCCUCAUCUCUAAACUGGAAAUAGUUAUAUCUACCUCUUACAAUGUUGCAAGGUCUGACUUUCAUAAUGUUUAUAAAGUGCUCAGCACUGGACCAAGCACACACUAACAUAAAAGGAGAUGGUACCUAUAAUUUUUAAGAAGUUGGCCUAUGAUGCAAGCCUUUGUGAUGUUUUCUCCCUGGAACUCUGACCCCUGGGAGAUUUUUCCUAGUGGGUAAGGUUCCAGCAUUGUCCUGUCAACCUUCCCACAUUAGGUUCAACCUGAGCGGGAUGGGGGAGUUAAAACAGAAUGCAACAGUGAGUCAGAAAGUCAACAAUGAAUACAAAGACCUACAGGGCUUCCUUUGCACAGGGACAUGGAUUUCCAUAUCUAUGUUUGGCUUGAAGUUUGCUGUUGCUAGCUUGCUUAUUUUCCUGGCAGUCACUAGAGGCAGAAUGGAAGCUCGAAUUCAGGAAGGAAUUUCCAUAUAAUGACCACGUACUCUGUGCCAAGUUCCACGUAUAUAUAUGUACAUUCUCAAUCUUUACAACCUCCCUGCCAAGAAGAUAUUCUUAUUCCCCCUUUAUCAAUCAGAGAGCUGAAACUUAGAUGUUAAGUAACUUAACCAAAGUUGCACAGCUAGCCCAAUAUAGAUUCAAAGCUUUUGUCCAUUAUAUUGAGUGCCCCUCAGAAGUCGUGGCCUAGUCUGGCCUGAUCUGUUUGCAUUUUCUCCUCUACACAGUGCACCCCCACUUGGCCCAAGGGGUCUAUGGGAGACCUGGAAACUUCACAGUGAGCUUGCAACUCUAUUGUUCUAAUAUACUCCCCUUUAAGGCCAGGAUGAGGUAAGGAAAGCAGAAGGCUUGGCCUAAAAUGUAAAGAGGCACUUACUCUCAAGUUUAUGUAUGUACAAGACCACAAAUUUGCUCACUCUAAUCCCAACCCAGCCCCUCCUGUUGAUUGUCCUGGGAGGUGGGAUACUCGAGAGGAAACCACAAAGACCUUCAUUGUCAUGUUAACCAAAAUAGGGCCGGGACUCGCUUGCAGGCUGCUAGAUACUACUCCCCUGUCAGUUUUUGCAUGGCACCAUUUUCGGUUAGCAUCUGUCCCCAGAACUAUUUUCUCCCCUCCAAACUACCUUUCUUGAUUUUUUUUUCACCAGAUUUUCUCUCCAAAACUACCGUGUAGCCACAUAAGCAGGAAGAGAAAGAGCUUUAUCACUGAGAUCCUCCAUCAAGGCGAGAAAACUGGUUUUAACCCAUUUGCUAACUUUACUCUGUUGGACGUGGCUAAGUAGAGGAGAAUUGGGGAAGACUGGUGCACAGGGUGAGCAGGACCUGCCUCCUGAGUGGGAUGUGGGGAAUUGCACUUGCCAUUGUUGGAGCCCAGGCCAACGCCCCUCAUCUUACAGAUGAGAAAACUGAGGUCUUGAGAAGGGAAAUGACUCUUGUGAGCUCACUUAGUUGGCCAAUAAUAAAUUAGAGCUAGAACCCCUAUUUCCUACUCCUAGCACAUUUUCCAUACUGAGUCAGGGAAACAGGGCCCACCCUAUACAUUCUUAUCUUGACUGCAUUGCUACCACCUCCACCACCAACUCCUCAAAGGAGGCAACAUCCUGACUAAAGCUGUGCCCAUUUUUCUCUCUGUCAAAAGCCUGGUCAUGUAAUUGAAUACCAGCAAUGCAGUUCAUGGCCCACCUACAUCAGAAUCCUCUAGUGUAAUUAAUUGAAAGUGAAGAUUCUUGGGACAUUUCCUAGUCCUUCUGGGUCAGAAGGCAGUUCUGUCACUAGCGUUUGAGAACUACUAAUCUGGAUUUGGGGCUAUUUAUAUCAGUGACUUACUCAGUUUCUGGGAUUCCUUUUGGUUUUUUUAUUUUUCCUGUGGGGCAUUAAGUCAGUACUUCCAUCAUCAUCUUAUAUUGCUAGUUCUUAGUCAAAUUCAACAAGAAAUGAAACUCACUAUAUUCUUCAUCAGACUGUAAUUUGGCCAAGACAGAAAUGGGAAAAGGGAAAUUUCAGAGUAGGAGACAUUUGAUAUUCUCCUGUAGACAUGAUAAGAGUUAUAUAGAAAGAUUCCUUAUCUACUGUUGGUGGGUUUCAAGUCUCUUAUCAAAGACAGUGAAAUGCUUUUAAGAUUUUUAUUUUAAGUUGUAGGCAAAAUAGUUCCCAAUAAUGACAGUCUUAAUUUUUUUUCUUUUUGAUGGAGUCUUGCUCUGACACCCAGGCUGGAGUGAAGUAGUGUAAUCUUCACUCACUGCAACCUCUCCCUCUGGGGUUCAAACAAUUCUCGUGCCUCAGCCUCCUGAGUAGCUGGGAUUACAGGCUCCUGCCACCAUGCCCAGCUAAUUUUUUUGUAGUUUUAGUAGAGAUGGGAUUUCACAGUGUUGGCCAGAUCGGUCUCAAACUCCUGACCUCAGGUGAUCUACCCACCUCAGCCUCCCAAAGUGCUGGGAUUACAGGAGUGAACCACUGUACUUGGAAUUUUAAAACUGUUUAAUAAGAAUUUAGUUUAGUGCUUUAAGCAGAGGGUACAUAUUUGUGGGCACGGACAAUUUCUGUGAAUAUGGAUAUCUGCCACACAGAGGGUUUCAGAAAAUUUGAAUUAGUUACCAAUAUUUAAAACCAGAUUUCAACAAUUUAAAAUAUAAUUGUUUACCUUCUAUUUUUAAAAUUUAAACUAUUUUCACACUGAGCCUGUCAUAUACUGCGUUUGUGCCCUCCCAAAAUUCAUACAUCAAAACACUAAUCCUAAUGUGAUGGCAUUUGAAGGUGUGGCUUUUGGGAGGUGCUUAGGUCUUGAAAACGGCGCCCUCAUGAGUGGGAUCAGUGCCCUUAUAAAAGCUCCCAGAGAGCUCUCUCACUUGCUUUCUGCUCUGCAAUGACACAAGGAGAGGUUGGCAUCUGCAGCUCAGAAGACAGCUGGCACCAGAGCCUGACCACACUGUCAUCCUGAUCCCAGACUUUUAGCCUCUUGAACAAUGAAAAAUAAAUUCCUGUUGUUUAUAAGCCACCCAGUUUGUCUAUGGUGCAGCCUGAACAGAUUCAGAUAUAGAUUCAGUCACACAAUGCAAUAAUGUGGCGUAUAGAGGUGCUCUCUUAGACUAUGGCACAUAGAUGUUUGUGAAUUAUUUAACGUUUAUUUACUUGAGAGGUGGAGUCUAGGUUUGCUCCUCUGGGAUCUGGGAAGGCUUGGUGACUGCUCUUAUCAGUGAAAUACGAGAAGUGAGGCUAAGCUGGGCAUGCACGGGCUCACUUUCUGUCUGUUGGGACAUGUGUUCAGGGCAGUGAGGCACCAUGUCACAAGGCCAGCUACCCUGAGACCACCAUGCUGUGAGAAGGUCAAGCCACAGGAAGAGGCCCUAGAGGGAGAAACAAUAUGGAGAAAGACAGAAAGGUCAAGGAGCACUAAGAUGCCUGAUGCACAAAUGAAGAAGCCAUUCAUUCAUCAUCCCCCAUGAGGUGAUGUCACAAGGAUCAGAGAUGAGCCACCCAGCUGAGCCCUGCAGAAAUGCCCCACCCACAAAAGUGUGAACAAAGUAAAAUGAUGGUUUUAAGCCACAAAUUUAGAAUAGAUAACUGAGACAAGAAAAUUUCUUCCCAGUGUGCUCUUUUCUAACCCCUGUUCCUUUCUCUGGCUUUACUUUAUUUGUUUUAUAUCCUGGCUCCUGUAGGAAUUUGGGUUAUAAUCUUUAUUUAAAUUGCAGCCUAGAGAGCAUGGAAUUAUGUAAGGUUUUGGAAAUAAAAGUUUUUUUGAGGCAGAGUCUCACUCUGUCACCCAAGAUAGAGUACAGUGACACAAUCUUGGCUCACUGCAACUUCAGCCUCCUGGGUUCAAGUGAUUCUCCUGCCUCAGCCUCCCAAGCAGCUGGGAUUAUAAGCAUGCAGCACCACGCCCAGCUAAUUUUUUAUUUUUAGUAAAGAUAGGGCUUCACCAUGUUGGCCAGGCUGGUUUCAAGCUCCUGGCCUCAAGUGAUCUGCUCUCCUCAGCCUCCCAAAGUGCUGGGAUUACUGGCAUGAGCCACCGCACCUAACAGGAAAUUAAAACAUUAAAAAUAAUAAUAUACGUAUACAUAUGUGUGUAUGAAUAUGUACAUGACAAAAUUGAGUUGUAAGGGCAAGAACGAUACAGAGAGCAAAUGAAAUGUCUACUUGAAAUCCUUCAUCUUCGUGGGCCCCUCGCUCAAAGUAAAGAGAGCAUAAGAUCAAGAAUUUGUCAUCCCUGGCAAUUGGUUUUCUAAUCUAUAUAAAAGCAGCUCCCAUUCAUCUUUGACAUGCAUUAGUCUAUGAAUGAGACAGUUCAGCUUUUGCAUUUUUUCUUUAGAGUAUAUAUUUGUGUAUCUUGCAAUGUUCUGUAAAUUUAUUCCAUGGCAAUACAGCCUGUGGGGCAAAUGAAAUGUCUACUUCUUUGCUGAAGCCUGUGCCUUAUUCAUCUUGGACCUCCAGCUCUCAGUAAAUGUUUGUUGAAUAAAUGAAUGAACAAAUGAAUGUGUGUUAGUCACCGAGGGUACAAAGACAAAUGAGACAUAGUCCCUGCCCUUGAGGAGCUCACAGUCUAUUGAACACAGGCAGCAAAUUAAAUACUGGUCAUGCCUCCUGGGUAGCACAUUCUUUUAUUCAGCAACACCAUUUCAUCUGUGCUUGCCCUCUGUUCACACCCAUACCCAGAUGAGACUACAAGAUGUGUGAAAAUAUGCCUUGGAGGAGCCCCGACCAGGGCAAGGGGUUGCAAACCACCUGCUCUGAAGAGACAGCCUCUCAGUGUUGAAGUGAGUUCAUGGGAAGGAGGAAGAGAGGACCGCCCCAUCGCAGCUGCAGGAACAGAGGCACAAUUACUCAGAAUCACCCUCAGGGACCCAUCAGAAAAGCAAGAACAAAAUCACUGCCGCAUCAUUCCAUCAGGCUGUGCUUGCCCAGACUGCAGAAACGCCGUGAGGCCACUUGAUCAGCACCACUCCUCAAAGCUGCGGCUACAGCCAACAGAUUCAGGACAGACAACAGAGUUUUGCUUCAUUUUUUAAAAGAGAUGUGAGGAAGGCCCUGAUUUUAAUCAGCCUGCUCCACUCCUACCUACCCUCCCCAGGCCUCCUCAUGCAUUUCGAGGAUUUGUCUUUGUUCCUUCUCUAGCAGGUUUGGCAGAGUUUCAGCUUGUACAUUUUUCUUUCUCUCUCUCUAUUUCCUUUUCUUUCUUUUCUCUUUCUUUUUUAAGACAGGGUCUCAUUCUGUGACUCAGAUUAGAGUGCAGUGGUACAAUCAUAGCUCACUACAGUCCUGACCUCCCCAGACUCAAUUGAUCCUACUGCUGCAGCCUCCCAAGUAGCUGGGACUACAGGCAUACACUACCAAGCCUGGCUAAUUUUUUUUUUUCUUUUUUUUUUUUUUUUUUUUUUUUGAGACGGAGUUUCGCUCUUGUUACCCAGGCUGGAGUGCAAUGGCGCGAUCUCGGCUCACCGCAAUUUCCACCUCCUGGGUUCAGGCAAUUCUCCUUCCUCAGCCUCCCGAGCAGCUGGGAUUACAGGCACGCACCACCGUGCCCAGCUAAUUUUUUGUAAUUUUAGUAGAGACGGGGUUUCACCAUGUUGACCAAGAUGGUCUCGAUCUGUUGACCUUGUGAUCCACCCGCCUCGGCCUCCCAAAGCGCUGGGAUUACAGGCUUGAGCCACCGCGCCCGGCCCUAAUUUUUUGUUUUCUAUAGAAACAGCAUCUCCCUAUGUUGCCCAGGCUGGUCUCAAACUCCUGGCUGGGCUCAAAUAAUCCUCAUGCCUCAGGCUCCCAAAAUGCUGGGACAACAGGUGUGAACCACUGUGCCUGGCCCUCUUUCUUUCUUUAUGAGUUUGUUAGUGAAAUAGGACAGAGCAAAAGCAAAGAUGUUUGUUUAAUCUUAGAGAUAAGUGGCAGCUCAUUCUUUAUUCUCCCAGUGAGCUAGAGUAUUAAUGUCAAUACACUGAUAUGAUCGACAUUUUACAGAGUGUUGAUUAACAUUAAUUUGGGUUUUGGAAGAUUUCUACUUGUUUAUGUUAAAUGACAAGAACAUGAGGUUGUCAGGAAAUUGUUAGGGAGGGAUGCCUUUGCUGUCCUGUCAAUUUCCAAGCAACAGGACUGUGUUCUAUAGCCCAGGGAGGCCAAGCUAUCAGUAAAUGGGUUUCUGUGUGCAAAGCAGAACUUAGUGAAAUACUUAACCAGUAGUUAAUUUGCUGCCUUUGCUGAUAGACUCUGAACGCGUUCAAGUAGAAAUCCCAUAAAAAAAAGUAGAAACAACAGCAAUGGCAACCAAACUCCUCUCUUCCUCAUAGUCUAAAAGUUUAUCAGCAUCUUAAUAGUUUGAGGAGAAAAGAUUAUCUUUAUCAGUGUUCAUUUUCUUCUUUAAUACAUUGUUUUUUAGUCCAUUUCAACAUUGGAAUACAAAAUUAAACAUGAACUCACUGUCCUGGUAAUUAGGCAGAAGGAUAAAAAUUGCUAUUAAAUAUUAAAAUUAAAUAUCUGCAGAAACUAAUAACAAGUGGUUAUUAACUUGCACACCUAAUGUACUGACUUCGUGCUUCAUUCCGUUGUAGCUGAAGAGAUUCCACUUUCAAAAAGGGAAGAACUUACGUCUUUGGGAAAACAUAACUUGUUUGCUAAUCUUUGUUUCUGUCCUUUUCAGUUUCACAACCUUUCUUUGAUCUGUAGGGUAGUUAUACAUUGUGCUUAGCUGUUGAAUGUUUUCUGUGUGAUCUGCUAUCCUGAUGAUUUCGGUAUAUUUAUAUCUGGAAUCUUGUGGCCCAAGACUUCUCUCUUUAGAUAGGUGCUGCAUUGUUAAGUGAGUAAAAACUGUACAAUAGUCUCCCCUUAUCUGUAGGGGAUGCCUUCCAAGACCCCUGGCAUCCUAUGUAUAGUAUGCAUGAAUUUCUUUUUGUUUCCUCACAAUUUAAUGGAUAGAAGGUCCUUUCUUACCAUAGAUCUUAGCAACUUCGGCAUACAUUUUUUGUUGUUGUUUCCUUAUUAAGUUGAGAACUUUCGCUCUUUCACUUAAUCACUUUAUUGCAUCUCUUUAUGGCAUAUCCUAAUUGCCAGCACCAUUACUCUUGAGCUUUGGAGCAAUUACUCAGUAAAAUAAGAGUUACUUUAACAGAAACACUGCGCUAUCAGGACAGUCCACCUGAGAACCAAGAUGGCUACUAAGGCAGGGAGUGUCUACAGUGUGGACACGUGCUGAGUUUAUGUCUGCCUUUGGGAUGGUGCGUGAGAAAGCAUGAGAUGUUAUCAUGUCCUUUAGAAUGGUAUGCAACUUAAAACUUAUGGAUUGUUCAUUUCUGGAAUAUUUCAUGUGAUUAUUUUCAGACUGAGAUUGACCCUAGGUAACUAAAACUACAGAAAGCAAAAAUGUGGCUAAGGGGGCAAUACUGUAUUGCCCACCCUGCAGGACAUGACUAGAAGGUAAAAUAAAGAAAGCAUGUCAAGACAGCAUGCUUGGUCUCCCUGCUUUGGAAGGGUCUGAAUCAAUCAAUACCUUAAAACCCAGGACAUGUACAGGGACAGUGAUAGGCAAAAGCAGAGCUGGCGUACAAAAUGGAUGACUGGUUCCAAGCCAGCAAUUGCUAGGACUUGCUUGGUUUGCAUAAUCUUGUCCCUUAAUCUAGAGCACUGAAAAUUUCACAUGGACACAGUAUGGGUAGAAUUCCUGAAGCAUAAGGCCCUUUGUUCCUCAAUUCAUUAAAUUAAUUCUAUCAUGAUAAAAAUCAUAGACCCAAAAGAAACUUUGAAAGGUUGUAUUGUCCAUACUCCUGAUUUUAGGUAAAACCAUGUAUGACCUAUCCAUAGAAGAGAGCAAUUGUGCCUGUUGUUAAGCUUUCAAAAAAAUGAUGGCAUGUGCCUGUAGUCUCAGCUACUAGGGAGGCUGAGGUGAUUGCUUGAGCCGAGGAGGUCAAGGCUGCACGUAAGUGCAGAACCUGCCAUAGAAAAGGCCCUCAAUACAUGUUACUUCCCCGUUCCUGUUUUACCUAGCCUCAUUGCUUUCCUAGUGCCAGAGGAAGAAUAUUCAAUGGCUAACCAUUCCCUAGGGUGGUAGAUAGCAGAGCACAACUGAAAGAUUCGGCACACACUUUAAUGGGAAACUGGCUUGCGACUCUCGGAAUAGCAAGAUAAAAGGAGAAAGCAUUUAGUAUGUGACACUAGGCUGUGGGAGAAUCAGUAGUUCCUAAAAACCCUUUGCCAGGUACAAUUUGACUUUGUACUUGGGACUCUGGACAAAGUAGCUUUAUGUCCAGUUCUCUAAAUAGUGAGAGAAGACAGUUUCUUGGAAAACCAACUUCAACUCCUUUUCAGUAUUUGUCAGGGUGGGGGUGGGGGCAGUCAGGAAACAUGAUCCUAGUGGAAAGCUGUGAGCAAUAUACACAAAUGGAAGAGAAGGGAAGUCUGCAUUUGUGAGUGAGUUGACGAUAGCAGUCCUGGAUGAGCCACAUUGGGAGCAUUGCACAGUGGGUAGAGGACCUUUGUGGUCUUGGAUGUGUAUCUGAACAGAUGCAGGAAGUUCUUCCUUUAGUGGCAGCUGUACCUUCACCAGGGCUGGGACGUUUCUGGACCCACAACUGCAGUGUGAUACAAAGAUCGUCAACAGGACACAGGAGAACAUAUUUGAAAGAGAUCUAGACUUGAAAACCAAUCUCAAUGAGCACAGUAAAGUUAACUGGGAUUCUCACACCAUGUUUUCGGGAAUGGAACUGGCUGACAAAAGGUUAGAGUAAUUUUCAAAUGUUACAAAGAGCAAUGUUUACAACUUCAAAAAAGGGAGAGCUGGGCAUGGUGGCUCAUGCCUGUAAUCCAGUUCUUUGAGAGGCAGAGACAGGAGAAUGGCUUGAGACCAGUUCAAGGCCAGCCUGGGCAACAUGAUGAAUCCCUGUCUCUGCCAGAAAUACAAAAAUUAACUGGGCAUGGGGGUGCAUGCCAGUAGCCCCAGCUAUUCUGGAGGCUGAGGUGGGAGGAUUGGUUGAGCCUGGGAGACUGGGGCUGCAGUGAGCCAUGGUCACUCCACUGCACUCCAGCCUGAGUAACAGAAUGAGAUCCUGUCUCAAAAACAGAAUAGAAAGGGAGGUUCCAAAUGAUGCUCAAAUUAUGGGAGGUGUGAUUCCAAUCUGAGAAUAACUUCCUGAUAAUAAGAGUAAUUUAUUAAAAAGGAAGAGGGGGAGGGAGGAGAUGGGAAGAAACAGGGAAGGGAAGGGGAAGAGGAAAUUGUGGUGAAUUUCCUACAAAUCUUGUAUACAAAGGCAGGCAUCUCUUUACUACAAAAUGAGCAUAGUCAUUCCUGAAUAUCAAAGAGCUGGGUUUUGUCUUUCCAUCAUUGUUUCAUGCACCAAAGAGAUAUUGUGUACAUAACUUAUGCCAGGUACAGUGCUGAGGUCUAGCGUGAUAGGAAUGACAGACACAGGCCAGGUACUCAAAAAGCUAACCUACUGGUGCCUGAUGCUCAAUUACUGGUUGUUGAAUAAAUACAUAAAUAGAGAUAUGUAAUCAGAUAAAUUAGAAUACAACAACAUAAGUAUUAAUAGCUUCUUCCAUUUCUAACUAUGGGAGUGCUUUGCAGAUGUGCUGUUUGGGCUACAUCUUGAAAGACAAUUAUUGGUUUGCAGGAUCGGUACUGACGGGAUAGGACACACACACAGAGACAUACCCCCCGCCCCAUACACACAUACACCAGGUGGGCUAUUUGGCCACUGAAUACAGUGUGAUUGGAUUACAGGUUAUACCAUAAAGGUUGAGAAGGUUAGUGAUCACAGAGGAGGUUAGAGGAGAAUGGAGUACAUAGACCCUGGUUCUUUACAAUAUCUCUUUAGAUCUUAGUGACUAACACUUUACUGUAAGUCAAAUCCUUCUGUAUUUAAUACUCCUUUGACCUGUCCUGAAAAUGGGACACUCCUUCUUGGCCUUGACUUGUAAGUUUAAAAAACAAAAGAAUUAUUACUUAUUCUAAAAGACAGGUAUUGGUGAAGAAAUUCAACUUGGGAAUAUUCAACAUCAGCAUCAGCUAUUUGUGAACAUUCCUUCUUUUUCAGAAGUGACACACUUGGGAUCGUAAUACAGAAAGCUGAGGGUGUUGGCGUCUACCCAGAGAGUGGUGUGACUUGGUGUAGGAGGUAGAUAAGAAGGAUUUUCAGUGCAGCUGAAGCCCCAUAACACAGCAAACUUGUCACUGAACCCCUGUUAACUUAUUUUGUUGCAUAAAAAUCUCAACUGUGCACAGGGAGGAGGUGACUGUUGGAAAUCAGAAGUUCAGGGAACAAGCCUCCAGCAGACACUGGUUUCAGAGCUUAGGUUCUCUCCCACCAGGAAAAGAGUUGUGAGAGAAGGAGGGAGGAGGUGGGAGCUGGAGUAAAUCAACUCAGAGAAGCCCUCCCUGCAAUAACUAUAUGUGAGUACCUUCUGUUUUUCAGGCACUGUGCUAACGCUGGAAGGCAAAUAGCACACAUUCCCUGCCCUUAGAGUCCCGUGUUUCUGUCAUGAGACAGACAUUUCCUUGGGGAGACAAAUGACUAAGCAUGAGAUAAAUAUGAGGUCACCAAAAGGGGCCCCUAACUUCCCUUAAAAGGGGGAGGUUCAGCAGUCAAGAAACAGGAGACUCCAAAACUGAGACUAAACAGGGAAAGCAUUCCAGAGAUGCUGGUGAGAUUCAAGAAAUGACUUGUUUGGUAUGGCUGGAGUUUGUAGUUUGUAAUGGGGCAAGUAUGAGGGCUGAGACUGAAGUAGAGAGAAAAGCAGAAAAGCAUAUGUUACUACAGUAUUGAAAUGUCAACAGUAAACCCUCAGAGCCCUGCAAGGGAUGAUCCUGCAGCAGAGCACCCAGUGUCACACGGCUGUGAGCCCAGGUCCCAGGCCCUCUGCAUGCACACACAGGCCAUCAUCCCAGGGCUCCUUCCUAUCACUGCAAUGCUGUUGCUGAAAAAAGCAGGGACGAGCACCAUUGUAAAGAGUAAUCAGUGUUGUGACUAAAUAAACAAAUGACACCUGCACAUCCUGUUCUGAGAAAUGAGUCAAAUUAGCGAAACAAGUUGAAUAAUCACUGCCGAUGCCAAUCUCAGCCAUGGUAGCAACGCUGGUCAUUUCUAGUUUUAGUGAGUGGCUUCAUGAUCAGUGUUCAUUCAUACAAAUGAAGGAGAAUUUUAGGUUUAUGUUUCAUUUUCAGUCACACAGGUAAUGCAUCAUUGUCAGGGAAUUAAAUAGUUUUGCAAAAAUAAAAAGCCUAAAGUUACUCUAAACAUAGAAAUGGCCUAAUAUGUUGGUUUUAUACACUUUCAGUCCUUCAGAAGUACAUAUAUUUACAAAAGGUAUUAUUCUCUCAGUUUGCACUUGACUUUUUAAUUUUUUUCCCUUCGUCCCCAUUUUUUUCUUUGAAGGGGGAGCUAGUUUUGCUAUAUGGCCUGAGUUUGUUGGGUUUUUUUUAAUUUCUUUCCCUCACCCAACGUGAGGAAUUUGGAUGGUGUGGGACCUGUCUUAAGUUCCUCUGAUAGUUACUGUCAGAUGUUUAAUUAAUACUAACACAUGUUUAAAAUCUGUGUCCUAAACCUUGGUUUCUCAAAUUACGAAUAUUAAGGACAAUCUAUUGAUUCCCACCUGUGUACACGUAAGACAUUACCAUACAGUCCUCCUUCAGCUUCCCACACAUACUAUCCCAGCAUUCCAGUUUUUGUGAUUCUAGUUUAAGAUUGUUGUCCCAGUCUAGAUGAACUGAAUUAUUGAUUCUCAUAUGUGCAGACCUCUUGUUUUAAGAAUAAUAUUUACAUUCUUCUUAGAAAUUGUUAUUUUAAAAUGCUUAUAUUCCUCUGUUUCCACACUCUUAGUUAGUCUCAGUUAUCAUGAAGGACAGCAGCACUCUAGAGCCCUUCCCUGGCUGAAAAUAUCUUCUUGCUGCCUUCACUUAUUAUGGACAGCUUGGGCCAAUAAAGAAAUUCAGGAAUCAUAAAAUCACCAUUCUCCUUGAAAACCACUUAGACAAAUGCCAUUGACAUCUUUGUCUUUCAGGGGCUCUGUUUCUUUGUACAAGACUUUGAGAAGAGUCUUUUCCUUAGAGUUAAUAUUCAGUAGAUCCAAGCGAUUUUCUAAUUUCAGUAUGUCUAUAGUAAAUCUUUUUAAACUAAAGAUAUUUUUUCAUCUAAAGGAAAUUUUCUUCAGUAUAAAUUUUUGAAAUGGUUUCUGUUGCCUUGGUUCUAAUUGCUGCCUCAUCUACUGUGUAUACAUCUUCAUCUGCUGUGUAUACCAUGACCAUGUUCUUUUUUUUCUUUAAUUAUUUUCACUUGCCUUUUUCCUGCCUCUGAACUCUGGUGACUAUCUCAAGUAUGUGCUGACCUUGUGAGUUUCUAAACCAGAUUAAUCAGAUGAUUCAGCAUCAUCUCAGGAUACUUUUGCAAAUACAGAUUUCUUAGCUUGAUCCAAGACUCACUGAAUCAAAAUUUCCUACAUUUGACCCUAGGAAUGUAUAUUUUCAUGUAUCUUUCCCUGCCCUUCAUAUUUCUUCUUUUUUUCUAUUUGCAUACAGUCGGCAGGUACAUGUGCAGAUUUCUUACACACAGGUGUUGUGUAGUGGUGGAAUCUGGCCUUUUAGUAUACUCGUCCCCCAAAUAGUGAACAUUGGACCUAACAGGUAAUUUUCCAACUCUCCCCUUCAUAUUUCUCAUGAUUACAUCACUUAGGGAACCACUGUCCCACUUUCCUAGUUUAAUCUGUUUCAUUAAGGGGUGAUUUUCCUCUUUACUGCUUUUCAUUCAGUUUUAAUUUAUGCAAUGGAAUUAUUUGCUUGUUUAUAUUCCUUUUAUGAGAUACCUUUUUAUCUCAAUCUGUUGCCUCAUUGCCUGCCUUUCUGCAAGUUUUUGUUUUGAAUAAUUACCUUGAGGAUACAUUAAACCUUUGUAUUUCUCUUCUGAUAAAUCUCUUCCAAAGUAUUUCACUAUAUAUAUAUAUAAUGACACUUUAGGUUCUGGGGUACAUGUGAAAAAUAUGCAAGAUUGUUACAUAGGUGCAUACAUGACUAUGUGGUUUGCUGCCUCCAUCCUCAUCACCUAUAUCUGGCACCUCUCCUUAUGUUAUCCCUCCCCAACUCCCUACCCUCUGCUGUCCCUCUCCUAGUCCCCCCAGCAGACCCCAGUGUGUGAUGCUCCCCUCCCUGUUUCCAUGUGUUCUCAUUGUUCAACACCCACCUAUGAGUGAGAACAUGCAGUGUUUGAUUUUCUGUUCUUGUAUCAGUUUGCUGAGAAUGAUGGAUUCCAGAUUCAUCCAUGUCCCUACAAAGGACACUAACUCAUUGUUUUUUAUGGAUACAUAGUAUUCGAUGGUGUAUAUGCACCACAUUUUCCCUGUCCAGUCUUACCAUCAAUGGGCAUUUAAGUUGGUUCCAGAUCUUUGCUAUUGUAAACAGUGCUGCAAUGAACAUACAUGUGCAUGUGUCUUUAUAAUAGAGCAAUUUAUAAUCCUUUGGAUAUAUACCUAGUAAUAAGAUUGCUGGGUCAAAUGGAAUUUCUAUGUCUAGGUCCUUGAGGAAUUGCCAUACUGCCUUCCAUAAUGGUUGAACUAAUUUACACUCCCACCAACAGUGUAAAAGUGUUCCUAUUUCUCUGCAUCCUCUCCAGCAUCUGUUGUCUCCAGAUUUUUUGAUGAUUGCCAUUCUAACUGGCAUGAGAUGGUAUCUCAAUGUGGUUUUUAUUUGCAUUUCUCUAAUGACCAGUGAUGAUGAGCAUUUUUUCAUGUUUUUUGGCUUCAUAUAUGUCUUCUUUUGUAAAGUGUCUGUUCAUGUCCUUCACCCACUUUUGAAUGGGUUUGUUUGUUUGUUUCUUGUAAAUCUGUUUUAGUUCUUUAUAAGUUCUGAAUAUUAGCCCUUUGUCAGAUGGGUAGAUUGCAAAUAUAUUUCCCAUUCUGUUGGUUGCCAGUUCACUCUGAUGAUUAUUUCUUUUGCUGUGCAGAAGCUCUGAAGUUUAAUUAGAUCCCAUUUGUCUAUUUUGGCUCUUGUUGCCAAUGCUUUUGGUGUUGUAGUCAUGAAAUCCUUGCCUAUGCCUAUGUCCUGAAUGGUUUUGCAAGGUUUUCUUCUAGAGUUUUUAUGGUAUUCAAAGUCUUUAAUUCAUCUGGAGUUAAUUUUAGUGUAAGGUGUCAGGAAGGGGUCCAGUUUCUGCUUUCUGCACGUGGCUAGCCAGUUUUCCCAACACCAUUUAUUAAACAGGGAAUUCUUCUUCCAUUGCUUGUUUUUGUCAUGUUUGUCAAAGAUCAGAUGGUUGUAGAUGUGUCGCCUUGCCUCCGAGGCCUCUGUUCUGUUCCAUUGGUCUAUAGCUCUGUUUUGGUACCAGUACCAUGCUGUUUUGAUUACUGUAGCCUUGUAAUAUACUUUGCAGUCAGGUAGUGUGAUACCACAGCUUUGCUCCUUUUGCUUAGAAUUGACUUGUCUAUGCAGGCUCUCUUUUGGCUUCAUAGGAAGUUUAAAGUGGUUUUUUUUCAGUUCUGGGAAGAGGGUCAUAGAUAGCUUGAUAGGUAUAGCAUUGAAUCUAUAAAUUACUUUGGACAGUAUGGCCAUUUUUACAAUAAUAUUGAUUCUUCCUAACAAUGAACAUGGAAUGUUUUUCCAUCUGUUUGUGUCCUCUCUCAUUUCCUUGAGCAGUGGUCUGUAGUUCUCCUUGGAGAGGUCCUUUACAUCCUUUGUUAGUUGUAUUCCUAGGUAUUUUAUUCUCUUUCUAGCAAUUGUGAAUGGCAGUUCAUUCUUUGGCUCUCUUUAAGUCUGUUAUUGGUGUAUAGGAAUGCUUGUGAUUUCCGCACUUGAUUUUGUAUCCUGAGACUUUGCUGAAGUUGCUUAUCAGUGACAAGAGAUUUUGGGCUGAGCCGAUGGGGUCUUCAAAAUAUUCAAUCAUGUUAUCUGCAAAUAGAGACAAUUUGACUUUCUCCUUUCCUAUUUGAAUACCCUUUAUUUCUUUUUGUUUCCUGAUUGCUCUGGCUAGAACUUCCAAUACUAUAUUGAAUAGGAGUGGAGAGAGAAGGCAUCCUUGUCUAGUGCCAGAUUUCAAAGGGAAUGCUUCCAGUUUUUGCCUAUUCAGUAUGAUAUUGGCUGUGGGUUUGUCAUAAAUAGCUUUUAUUAUUUUGAGAUACGUUCCAUCAAUACCUAGUUUAUUGAGAGUUUUAGCAUAAAGCACUGUUGAAUUUUGUCAAAGGCCUUCUCUGCAUCUAUUGAGAUAAUCAUGUGAUUUUUGUCUUUGGUUCUGUUUAUGUGGUGAAUUACGUUUAUAGACUUGCAUAUGUUGAACCAGCCUUGCAUCCCCGGGAUGAAUCCUACUUGAUUGUGAUGGAUAAGCUUUUUGAUAUGCUGUUGCAGUCAGUUUGCCAGUAUUUUAUUGAAGAUUUUUGCAUCUAUGAUAUCAUGGAUAUUAGCCUGAAGUUUUCUUUUUUUGUUGAGUCUGCCAGGUUUUGGUAUCAGGAUGAUGUUGGUCUCAUAAAAUGAUUUGGGAGCUUUUUGUAUGUUUGGGAUAGUUUCAGGAGUGGUAGUAGCUCUUCUUUGUAUGCCUGUAGAAUUCAUCUGUGAACCCAUCUGAACCUGGAUUUUUUGGUUGGUAGGCUAUAAAUUGCUGCCUCAAUUUCAGCCCUUGUUAUAGGUCUAUUCAGGGUUUUGACUUCUUCCUGAUUUAGGCUUGGGAGGGUGCAAGUGUCCAGGAAUUUAUCCUUUCUUCCAGGUUUACUGGUUUAUGUGCAUAGAUUUUUUUGUCAUAAUCUCUGAUGAUAGUUUGUAUUUCUGCGGAGUCUGUGGUGAUAUCCGUUUUAUCAUUUUUAUUGCAUCUCUUUCAUUCUUCUCUCUUUUCUAUUAACCUGACUACUGGUCUAUUUUGUUGAUCUUUUAAAAAAAACCAGCUCCUGGAUUUAUUAAUUUUUUAAAGGGUUUUAUGUGUCUCUAUCUCCUUCAGUUCUGCUCUGAUCUUAGUUGUUUCUUGUCUUCUGCUAGUUUUUGAGUUUUUUUGAUCUUGCUUCUCUAGGUCUUUCCAUUUUGAUGAUAGGGUGUCGAUUUUAGAUAUUUCCUUUCUUCUCAUUUAUUGCUAUAAAUUUUCCUCUAGACACUACUUUAUAUGUGUCCCAGAGAUUCUGGUAUGUUGUAUCUUUGCUCUCAUUGGUUUUGAAGAACACCUUUAUUUCUGCCUUCAUUUCAUUGUUUAUCCAAUCAACAUCCAAGAGCCAGUUGUUCAGUUUCCAUGAAGUUGUGCAGUUCUGAGUUAGUUUCUUAAUCCUGAGUUCUAAUAUGAUUGCACUGUGGCCUGAGAGACUGUUAUGAUUUCCAUUUUUUUGCAUUUGCUGAGGAGUGAUUUAUUUCCAAUUAUGUGGUCAAUUUUAGAGUAGGUGUGAUGUGGUGCUGAGAAGAAUGUAUAUUCUUUGGAUUUGGGAUGGAGAGUUCUGUAAAUGUCUAUCAGGUUUGCUUGUUCGAGGUCUGAGUUCAAGUCCUGGAUAUCCUUGUUAAUUUUCCUGUUAUUGAUCUGUCUAAUAUUAACAGUGGAGUGCCAAAGUCUUCCACUAUUACUGUGUGGGAGUCUAAGUCUCUUUGUAGGUCAUUAAGAACUUACUUUAUGUAUCUGGGUGCUUCCAUAUUGGAUGUGUAUAUAUUUAGGAUUGUUAAUUCUUCUUGUUGCAUUAAUCCUUUCACCAUUAUAUAAUGCCCUUCUUUGUCUCCUUUGAUCUUUGUUGGUUUAACAUCUAUUUUAUCAGAGGCUAGGAUUGCAACUAUACUGCUUUUCUUUGCUCUCCGUUUGCUCGGUAAAUCUUCCUCCAUCCUUUUAUUCUGAGUCUAUGUGUAUCCUUGCAGGUGAGAUGGGUUUCCUGGAUACAGCACACCAAUGAGUUUUGACUUUUUAUCCAGUUUGCCAGUCUUUGUAUUUUGAUUGGGGCAUUUAGCCCAUUUACAUUUAAGGUUAAUAUUGUUAUGUGUGAAUUUGAUCCUGCCAUUUUGAUGCUAGCUGGAUGUUUUGCCCAUUAGUUAAUGCACUUUUUUCAUUAUGUUGAUGGUCUUUACCAUUUGGUACAUUUUUGGAGUGGCUACUACUGCCUGUUCCUUUUUAUGUUUAGUGCUUCUUUCAGAGCUCUUGUAAGGCAGGCCUGGUGGUGAUGAAAUCUCUGAGUAAUUGCUUGUUCUUAAAGGAUUUUAAUUCUCCUUCACUUAUGAAGCUUAGUUUGGCUGGAUAUAAAAUUCUGGGUUGAAAGUUCUCUUCUUUAAGGAUGUUGAAUAUUGGCCCCCACUCUCUUCUGGCUUGUAGGGUUUCUGCUGAGAGAUCUGCUGUGAGUCUGAUGGGCUUCCCUUUGUGGGUAAUCCGACCUUUCUCUCUGGCUGCCCUUAGCAUUUUUUCUUUGAUUUCAACCCUGGUGAGUCUAACAAUUAUGUACCUUGGGAUUGCUCUUCUUGAGGAAUAUCUUUGUGGUGUUCUCUGUAUUUCCUGGACUUGAAUAUUAGCCUGCCUUGUUAGGUUGGGGAAGUUCUCCUGGAUAAUAUCCUGAAGAGUGUUUUCCAGCUUGGAUUUAUUCUCUGUGUCACAUUCAGGUACACCUAUCAAACGUAGAUUAGGUGUUUUCACAUAAUCCCAUAUUUCUUGGAGGCUUUGUUCAUUUCUUCUUACUCUUUUUUCUCUAAUCUUGCCUUUUCGUUUUAUUUCAUUGAGUUGAUCUUCAAUCACUGAUAUCCUUUCUUCUGCUUGGUCAAUUCUGCUAUUGAAACUUGCCUAUGGUUCGUGAAGUUCUCCUGUUGUGUUUUUCAGCUCCAUCAAUUUAUUUAUAUUCUUCUCUAAGCUGUUUAUUCUCAUUAGCAUUUCGUCAAACCUUUUUUCAAGGUUCUUAGUUUCUUUGCAUUGGGUUUGAACAUGUUCCUUUAGCUCAAAGAAGUUUGUUAUUACCCACUUUUUGAAGCCUGUUUCUGUCAAUUCAUCAGACUCGUUCUCCAUCCAGGCUUGAUCCCUUGCUGGUGAGGAGGUGUGAUCCCUUGGAGAAGGAGAAGCAUUCUGGUUUUGGGGGUUUUCAUCCUUUUUGUACUGGUUUCUUCUCAUAUUUGUGUAUUUAACUACCUUUGGUCUUUGUCGUUGGUGACUUUCAGAUGGGGUCUCUGAGUGGACAUCCUUUUUGUUGAUGGCGAAGUUAUUUCUUUCUGUUUUUUAGUUUUCCUUCUAGCAGUCAGGCUCCUCUGCUCUAGGACUGCUGGAAGUCUAUUCCAGACCCUGCUUGCCUGAGGAUCACCUGCAGUGGCCUCUGCAUUCUUGCUGGAAACGGCACUCCAGAGCUGUUCCUAUUUGGCCGUCUUUUCUAGCAAUCAGUAUAUGAUUGUUUAAUCUUUUGUAUGUUAUGUUUAUUUCUUCUGUUUGUGUUUAGGAACAUUUUUCAUUCCAUGGUGGGGACCUACUUUAUAACUUACUCUUUAGUGGUAUCUUAGCUGACUUCUCUGUAUUCCCAGCCUCUCUUAAGUUGUGAUCUGCAUGAUGUGUAUUUACAUAGUAAGUUUUGUCAUUCAGCAGCCCAAGGAGCAUGGAGAAGAGUCACAACUUUGAGCAGCCCCAGCAGUAGAGCUUUGCUUUCACAUUUUUCUAUAUAUCCAGGAACUCUUGCAUCAGGACCCGUGUCUCCAUGUCUUAUGUAUACUUAAUCCAAUGUAGCUAUGUCUCAUGUCUUAAGUGAAAUGUCUACCCAUGCAAAUUAGCUAGAACGUAUGUGGGUUGGGACGAUGUCCUGUCCAGUUCUGCAGAAUCAUGAUUCUAUUUUUAGGAUUGGUCACAUUGGUCACAACUGAGUUAGAGAAAAAUCCCCAUUUUCAUGGGAAUUUUGUGUAGUUAAGUCAUGUGCAUUUUCUUUCCUACACUACACAUUACAUGUUGUUGCAUACAAGCAAGUUCUUCCUUCUACAAACUGCCCUGGCCCCUGGAUCUCAGUCCUUAUUAAUUUUCCCAUAGAUGUUGGAGGAAGUUCACAAAAAAGUCAAGUAAUAGCCAAAACUAUACAUAAAUCCAUCAUUCAUUUGCAGUUAUGAUGACAUAAAUUGUGCUAUAUCUGUGCAUUGGAAGAUAAAACCUAAUUAGCCAUGUGCAUCAAUAUAGAUAAAUGUUAAGAAGAAAGUUGAGCAGAAGAGUCAAAUAAUGGAAAACAUGCUGUAAUGACCCAUUCACAUAAAUUUCACAAAUCAGGCAAAGCUAAGCAGUACAUUGUUUACACUAGAGAUAUAUACUUAAGUGAUUGAAGUGGUUGUUUUUUCAGUGGAUAAUGAACACAAGUACAGCAUAGUGAUUACCACAGGUGGAGCAUAAAGGAUGGGGAUCAGGAGAUGCACUCCAGACCUUUGAAGAUGCUACUAAUGUUCUACUUCUUAAGGUCAGGAGCUAAUGAACGGGUGUCUGUUUUACUGUGACUUUUUAUAGUAAUACUAAUUUUUAAAUGAUUUUUAACUUAAGUUUUGAUAUAACAAUUUCAUUUAUAAUAAUUUUAACCACAACAAUUUUAAUAACUCCUUUAUAUAUAUGAUGAUUUAUAAUAUGAAAAAAACUAAAAGAAAAAUAAACUAAGAGAAAAAUUUGCCAAGACUGGCCACUCCCUGUCUCUUCUGUAGGCCACUCUACUGUGGCCUUAGAUGACCUUAUGUCCCAGAUAGUAAAGGGGCUUCCCCAGAGUACCAUGUUCCUUCCAUUCAUGUAUGUUGCCCAACUUCCUCAUUUAGUGAUUUUUUUUAUACUUUUCCCAAAUUUCUUCUACAUAAUCUUCAGUAAACCACAGUGCUACACUCUUAGGAGGUGAUUUACAUGUCUUUCCUCAAUUUGAGACUGUUUACAUGGCAUCUAAUACAGGUUUCUAGAUGCUUAUAAAAUUCCUUCAUAAGCAUUUUAUAUUUAAAAUCUACUUUGCCACUAAGAGAAGCUUUUUCUUAUUCGUCCUCCUGUUUGGAUUACUUAAGGUAGGAAGAUGGGAUGCUUGCUUGCAUGUGAGAUCUUCCCUUAGAAACAAAAAAGGUAGGUAGAGUUAUAAACAUGACAAUAUGACCCAUGAUAUGACUACGAACAAGGAAGAGCAUCAUUUCAACAGUGCUAUGUGUGUGCCAUCAUACUAACAGAUGAGACCAGUGAGACUCAGUGAGUUCCAUGACUUCUCACUCUUGAUGUCAACGGCAGAAGCUAAACUCAAACCCAGCCUGAGAUCCACCCUCUGUGCACUACAUCACACUGCCUGCUGCUUCAAGUAUGUGGUCACCUGAAGUUGAAGACACAUUCAGUCAUUCAGCAUGUAUUUGUUGAGUACCUCCUAUGUGCCGGGCCUGGUGCUAAGGACACAGCAACGAACAACACAUACCUUUUCACUCCUAUCGUCACACUUAAAAUACAGAAUAGAGCAUAAUCAUUAAAGAAUUGCACAAAUCAUUAUUAAGUAACAGUUGUAAAGAAAUUGCUUUAUAAUUGUACAUAAGGAGGGAAUCUAGAUUGCUAGGUCAUGGAAAGGAUUUAUUAAUGAAGCACCCAGUAAUCUGAAACGCAGUUGAAAAACUAGAAAAGCAGAGAAGUAGGAGAAUAGCAACAUAAUAGAGGGCACAGCCUGUAGGAAGAGCCCAGAGACUAGAUAAGUUGGAGUGAAGAAAUUAGCAGAAGUGCAAAGUAAGGAAGGUCCAAGGGAAGCAGUACUUGGUUUUGGUUUCUUCCUAAAAGUAAGGGCAAGCUUCUGUGGGGUUUAAAGAAGGGAGGAGGCAUGGUCAUAUCUAUUGGUUGUCUACUCAAAAGAGGUGAAGAGAGCAGACCAUGUUAUUCUUGAGCUAAGAUAUAAUCAGGAAUUAUUGAUAUAUGUGAACUGUCUGUUACAUCGUUAUAUAUUUGAUUAUAAAUAUGUAGUGUCUACAAUAAGACUCUUUAAAUGGUGAAAAUGUGUCACCCAUAGUCUGCAUUUUGAAUAUGGAAAAGAGAUCUGGCAAACCUUAAAAGACAUCCCUGGCAUUCACAUCUUUUCAAGCUGAAGAUUUGUCUUCUGAAUGGGAGACGUCAGGACCUUGGUGCAAGCCCCAUCGAUCAGGCCAUCUUUACCAGUCAGAUUUACCCACCCUCCUGCCAAGGGGCCUUGAACCCUGAAUACUACUUAAGAUCGUCAAGGGGCCACAGAUAUGUGCCAUAUGUCAAAAUAAGUAGGUCUUUAUUUUGAAUCAACAUUUUAUUACCUUAUUCCAUGAUUUUAAAAGAAUCCAUUUAGAAGUUAUUUUAAGUACCAGAGAAUUAAUUUCAAUGAAACUUCACUUGAUUUCCUGCCAUCUUUCCACCCUUCCCCUGACAUUUAUUUAUUUUUCUUCUAUAUAAUGGGAGACAGCUGAUUAUUCUCCAGAGCAAUCCACAUGGAGUAAUGGUUUGACACCUGUUUAUGGGGUGUCUAUGGCAUGGGGAUACUAUGACUUAUGCUUUGAAUGUGAAUGAUAAAGACAGAUGAGUCAGGUUUUCUGCUUUCAGGAGGCCUUAAGCCUCAGAGGAGGAAAUCAGAGCAUCCCAAAACAUUGUGAUGAAAGGCUGUGGAAAUGGAGAACACAUUCUAGAUUUUCAGUAGCAAGAAAGAAACCAAGCGCACUUUCAAUUACUUGGAUCUCUGUCAGUAGGAAUUAUUUAUUUUUUUUAGGAGGUUGUUUUAAUAACAAAAACAAAAAGCUGCAAGCCCAUGCUCCUGAAAAAUCAAUCACAUUACAAUUCUGGGCAGUCCAUUGUUGUAUUCCCUAUGUAAUUCCCUCACCGAAUCCAUCUUUUUAAACAAAUCUUUGAGGUAGCAGUGCAUCUGUGGGGGAUCUCUUAUGUGUAUGUCAGCAGGCCCCUGCGUGGUCACUUUACAGAAGGGACCAAAAUAGCUAUUUUCUAGUUGCUUUCAACAUUAAUUUGCUUCACUGUAAAUGGAUGUAAAGCUGGCUAUGUUAAGCUAAUUAUAUCUAAGCAUUUAUAUUUUGCUGCUAAAUGGAAUCAUGUAGAAGGCAUCCACCUGCCCCAAAAGAAUGAAAGAUGUAGCCAUAAUAAGCAUUUCUUAAUUAGACAUUGCACCUUGCUGUCUUUUAUGGAAAGUGAUUUAUUAGGCCAGUUUUGCACCCCAUUGCCAUAAAGUAUCUGACUAACUAGGGAAACAUAUGUGGGUCCAGCAGGAUUAAGUUGUGUUUGAUACUCAGGACAAACCCCCAGAUACCUUAAAGUAACAACUCCUUAGUUGGAGAACUAGAGGGAGGAUGGUGAUCAAUUCAUAUACUAGGCAUCAAUUCAUAUACAGAUUUAGAAACUUUUAAAUUCCUCAUAGAUACACAAUCCUAAAUCAGAUGAAAUGGCUGUCUUUCCCCCUUCUUGGUAUUCGUCAUCCUACUGGAAAUCUAAAGUAAUGUAAGUCACUCAGUCAUCAGAGCAGACAUAGAGUAUAACCAGGGAUACACUUUGGGUGAAAAAAUAGAUAAUCUUCCCCAAGCCUCCCCCAACUUGUGACCCUGAGUUUUUGGCUCCUUUUAGGAGGUGACAUUUCACUGCUUUCCUCUAAGUCAUGGUAAUUUUAUGUCAAUCCUGGUCCUGGAACAGUUCCUUAUAAGAAAACUUAGUUGUCAUUUGCAUUUUAGAUCCCUGCAAUGGAUUGGCAGGCAUUAGAGAGUUAAUCCAUCCUCUAGCGAUAAUUCAUAAAUAUAUGCAUAUAUCCAUCCAAUUCGACAGUGUAGCAGGGUGCUAUUAUUAAGAAAUUGAAGCACCAGGUGUGAUUAAAUAAGAUCACACAUUUCAUUCUCUCUUUAAUUUCACAUCAUUCUUCAGCAGCUGAAUCCAUGGGCUCCCGGCAUGAAGUCAGCCAGCACCAUGCAUUUUUAGUAUGCUCAGCAGAGCGCUGGCAAAAUGUUUCCAAAGUAAGCCACCCUGCUGGGCUGUUGUGAGUCAAAUCUGGUUUUUGCCUCCAAAUUAUUCAGUAUUGCUAGACGCAGUUUAUUAAUCCAUUCAUCUCCCUGGAGAGUAAGACUUCUGGUACUUUUACAUCAUUGAUGUUCAAUUUCAGCUAAAAAUACUUUUAAAAAUAGAGAGGACUACAAUCAAGGAUAAAAAAACAAUUAGGCUGCCAGGGUUCUGGGGUUGAGAGCAAUGAGGAGACAUUGGACAAAGGGCACCCACUUCCGGUCAUGAUAAGAUCUGGAGACCAAAUGCACAGUAUCAUAACUAUAGUUAAUAAUACUGCGUGGUGUACUUGAAAUUUGCUAAGAGAGAUUGUAAAUGUUCUUACCAUGCACAAAAAGAAAAGAUAACUGUGUGAGUUGAUAGAUAUGCUAAUUAAUUGGAUUGUGGCAAUCAUUUUACAAGGUACACAUAUGUCAAAACAUCACAUUUUAUACCUUAAAUAUAUUCCAUUUUUACUUGUCAGCUAUGCCUCAAUAAACCUGAGGAAGCAAAGAAAUAACUAAAAGAAGUCUUUACAGCUUCCCCCUCAGUCUUUCCCCUUGUUUCUUCUGCAGCUCCCCUUCCACCCUAACUCUGCUCUAGGAUUAGGAGUUGGAAAUGACAUUAGUACUUUUCCUUUACAAGCAUGUCCCAAGAAGCUACAUUUGUGGCAUUCCUGAUGCUAUUUAAAAAAUGAAAUUAGGGUAAGGAGACAAUUCUCAGAUCAGGGUUCCAUUGUCUCAUCUCUGUUGUUUAGCAGCAGACAGCAAGACUAAAGCAGCAUCUCUGUGCUGAAAAGCAGUCAGUGGUCACGUGCAUACCCAGCAUACCAAUAAACAUCAGCAUAGAUGCAUGCUCUGGAGAGAAGAGUAGCCGUCCCUUCCCAGCCAUGUUUGCUCUUCCUUUGCAACAAGAGGCCAAUCCCUAUGGCCAGUUGUGAGUCAACUGCAUAGCAUGGUAUAGGUUAAUUCAUUCCAUAAAUACAGAUUGAUUACCCAUGUGCCAGGUGCUGUUUGAGGCAGCAGUGAACAUACAUAAUUACUACUCUGAUGAAGCUUACCACUGUCUAUGGUACGACCUCUGCUUACCACACCAUUCUCAUCUUCUCACCCCAGUGGACUCUGUUAACAUCUAGGCAUAUAGAAUAACUUACAGUCCCAUGAACACCAUGCUCUUUCCUGCUUCUGUUUAUUCUGACCUGAGUGACUGGGCAACCUCCCUUCUACCCCUUUGUCUGUCUAACUUCAAGCCAAAUGUCAGGUCUCACUUCCUCCACAUGCCUUCCCUGGCCUUACCCCUACUUUAAGUUCACAGCAAUAUCUUCUGGUUUGUUUUUUUUAUCCCAACUAUAAUCUUUUCAAGGGUAGGGAUGGUGUCUUAUUCAUUAUAGUUCACCUUCUGUUUGAGAUGUAGUGGGUAUUUAAUAAAUAUUUGUUGAAUUAAUUAUUAAAUUCAUUUAUAUCCUUGAAUACAGUCCACAUGCACUCGUUUGCCCUCCAGGUAAUCCUUGUAAGACCCACAAGCUAGCUCUUAAAUAGAAAGCAGAAAAAUUGUGACAUUUAUAAUCUUGAUCACCUUAAUUGUAGUCAGAAUUAACAACUCCAUGUACUUUCUUAUGAAAAUCACCUUCUCUCCCCGGUAUGCUUUUUAAUAAGAAUGGAACCCCCUUGGCAAAAUUAAAUUGGAACUGUUAGAAAUA